ACAGGUUCAUCGCUCAUGAAUCCAAGAUUUCAUUCUAGCAAUGUGGUGAGCGGCACUCUGCACAGAGAGAGAGAGAGAGAGAGAGAGAGAUGGCGUGGAGCGCGACGAUGAUCGGAGCACUGCUGGGACUUGGCACCCAGAUGUACUCAAACGCACUCCGAAAACUCCCUUACAUGCGCCAUCCAUGGGAGCACGUGGUGGGUAUGGGACUUGGUGCCGUCUUCGUUAACCAGCUCGUCAAAUGGGACGCUCAGCUCCAGGAGGACCUCGACAAGAUGCUCGCCAAAGCGAAGGCCGCUAACGAGCACCGCUACUUCGAUGAAGAUGACGAAUAGCUUGCUUUUCCAUGGAUUGUGGCAGCUUCAGACAAGGCAUUCUUGUUUUCAGAAAAUGUUGUCUUCAAGUUGUAGAUGCAUGUUUGCUUUCCAGUUAAUGUUGCUCUGUUCGUAAGGCUGAUAGAACUCUUUCAGGUUAUUACCUGUUUGCACAAUUUUUUAUAUGCUUUCAUGAUGCUGACUGGCUGAUGUAAAACCUCCACCAAUAAAAUGAAUCACUUGAGCUACUCUU